AUGGCACGGCCGGUUAAGAGGCAAGCACCAGCAGGAGUAGUACAAGUAGCACAAGAUGACAUUAAGGAGGAACACCUUUUGGCUUUCAUUGCGAAGAAGGAAUAUAGUAAUGAGGAUAAAUGCAAACAAGAACUCAAGAAAUAUUGUGAAGAGUUGAAGGAAGCAGAUGGUAAAUUCAAUGUUAAUGAUAAAGUUAAAGAACUUUGUGGUGGUGGUGAUGAAGCAAAACGAGAUAAAAAAUGCAAAGACCUGAAAGACAAAGUUGAACAAGAAUUGGAAGAUUUUGAUGUGGAACUUGAUGCAUUGUCAGAUGACAUACAAGAUGAAAAAUGUGAAAAAUAUGAAGAAAAAUGUAUACUUUUAGAGGAAGCAGACCCAAAUAGUCUUAAGGAGAAGUGUGUCAAGUUGAGGGAGAAAUGUUACAAAUUGAAGCGUGAAAAGGUGGCAGUGGAGCUUCUUUUGAGGGCGCUCGGAAAGGAUGCUAAAAAAAAUGAAUGUCAAGUAAAGAUAAAAAAUGUUUGCUCAGUGUUAAGCCGAGAAAGCGACGAGCUGAUGUUUUUCUGCCUUGAUCCGACUGGAACGUGUAAAACAUUGGAAAAAAGAUUGAAGGAUCUUUGCGAGCCUUUAAAAACAAAAUUGGCGAAAGAUUUAGAAAAAGAUUGUCAUGAAAGACUUGAGAAAUGUCAUUUUUACAAAGAAGCGUGUGAUGAUUCAAAGUGUGAUGAGGAUAAGGAUCAAUGCGAGAAAAAAAAAAUCACAUAUAAAGCGCCGGAAUCUGAUUCUAGUCCGGUCAAGCCGAAGCCGUCGUUGUUAAGAAGUAUUGGGUUGGAUGAUGUGUAUAAAAACGCGGAAAAACAUGGGAUUAUUAUUGGAAAAUCAGGAGUGGAUCUACCAAGGAAGUCAGGUACAAAAUUUCUGCAAGAUCUCUUGCUAGUCUUGAGCAGAGAUGAGAAUGAUAAGGAUGCGGGGAAGAAAUGCACCGAAGCGUUAAAAAAAUGCAAAGAUCCUAAGUAUUUGGAUCAUAAUUUGGAAGAGUUAUGCGAUAAAAAUGAUAACGACAAAUGCAAAGAAUUACUAGAUGUAAAUGUAAAAGAAAGAUGUACAAAACUCAAACUAAAUCUUUAUGUGAAAGGGUUGUCUACACAAUAUGAUAAUAAAAAAUCAGAUCUUUUAUCGUGGGGACAGCUUCCAACAUUAUUUACGAAGGGAGAGUGUGCAGAACUUGAGUCGGAAUGUUUCUAUUUAGAAAAUGCGUGUAAAGAUAAUGAGAUUGGUGAAGCGUGUCAAAAUCUACGAUCAGCGUGCUAUAAAAAGGGACAAGACAGGAUGUUGAAUAAGUUCUUUCAAAAGGAAUUGAGGGGAAAUCUUGGUCUUGUAAGAUAUCGUAGCGAUCCUGGUGAUUGUAAAAAAUAUGUAGUGGGAAACUGUACAAAACUUGAUAAAAAAUAUCUUCCACGAUGUCUUUAUCCUAAAGAACUAUGUUAUGGGCUUUCAAAUGAUAUUUUUCUUCAAUCCAAAGAGUUAAGUUCGCUUUUGGAUGAUCAAAGGGAUUUUCCAUUAGAAAAGGAUUGUCUUGAAUUGGUGGAGAAGUGUGAUGAACUUAGUAGUGAUUCAUUAUUGAAUUUAGAAAAGUGUAUAACAUUGAAAAGACGCUGUGAAUACUUUAGAGUUUCAGAGAGAUUUAGAAAUGUAUUUUUAGAAAAAAAGGAUGAUUCGUUAAUGACUCAGGAAAACUGUACAAAGGCAUUGCAUGAGAAAUGUAAUACUUUAUAUAAGAGGAGAAAGAAUUUAUUUAGUGUUUCAUGUGCUUUACCAGAAGAAACAUGUAGUUAUAUGGUAUUCCACACAAGUCAAGAUUGUAAAUAUUUAAAAGAAAACAUCAAGAAUGGAGAAAUUGUAGGAAAAAUUGAAAAAGCAAAAGGAAAUGAAGCAACACUCGAAGAACUCUGCACAACAUGGGGCCGACAUUGUCAUCAACUUGUGGAGAACUGUCCAGAUCAGUUGGGAAAAGAGAAUGGCAAUGGCAAUAAUCAUAACUGCGAAGCACUCGAUGAAAAAUGCAAGGAAACCUUUCAAAAGUUGAAAGCGAAGGAGGAGCUGACUCAUCUGUUGAAAGGCAAUUUAAAGGAGGAUAAUCAAUGUAAAGAAGCAUUAAAAAAACAUUGCACUGGGUUGCAGAAUAAUGAUACAUUCAAAAUUCUGCUUACUAAUUGUGAAGAUAAUACCAAGGGAAAUGUUUGCACAAAAUUAGUUGAUAAAGUAAAAAAGAAAUGUCCUACUUUAAAAACCGAUCUAGAGGAAGCGAAAAAAGAGUUGAAGGUCAGGAAAGAAGAAUACGAUGCGCUCAAACAGGCGGCAGAAAAAUCUACAAAGGAAGCUAAGUUAUUGCUAUCAAAGUCUGGAAAAGCCGCAAUGCCAACUGCGCAGAAUGGCAGUGAUUCUACACUAGUACCGCCACCACAACAAGCACCAGCAGGGUCAUCAGGAUCAGGGUCACCACCAGCAGUGCCACCACCACCACCACAAAAUGGAACGCCAGACACACCAGAUGGAACAUCAGGCACACCAAGUGGAACACCAAGCACAACAGGUCAAACGAAGAAUAAUGCAAAACUUGGACUCGUUAAAAGAGCAUAUGUAGAUGGAGGAGUAUCAGAAGCAGAGGUAAAAGCAUUUGAUGCAACGACGGUAGCAUUGGAGAUGUAUUUGGAAUUGAAAGAGGAAUGCAGCGCUUUACAACUAGAUUGCGGUUUUAGAGAGGAAUGUCAGGAAUCUAAACAAGCUUGCGAAAAAAUAGACGAGUUAUGCGGAGGAAUAAAACCAUUAGAAAUUAAGCCUCAUCAUACAGAGACGCAAAAAGAAAUCUCAACCACUACGACGACCACUACGACGACUACUACCACAACUACUACCACAACUACGACGACAACUACUACUACAACCAAGCCGGGAAGUGGAGGAAAAGUAACAGAAGAGUGUACAAUGAUACAAACAACAGAUACAUGGGUAACGCGUACGUCAUUGCAUACGAGUACGACAACGAGUACGUCGACAGUGACGUCGACAGUGACGUUGACCUCGAUGCGCAAGUGCAAGCCUACCAAAUGUACCACCGAUUCAAACAAAGAGACAGAUAAAGGAGGAGAAGAAGGAGAAGAAGAUGUAAAACCGAAUGAUGGGAUGAAAAUAAGAGUUCCUGAUAUGAUUAAAAUAAUGUUGUUGGGAGUGAUUGUUAUGGGGAUGAUGUAA